UCGGUGGUAAUGUACAGGUGUAUCUCCACAAUUCAGCAUGAGGAUCUGAUCUUUGGCUCUCGACCUCGUGAGACGAAGUUCUCUUUCUUGCUCGGCGGAGGAGCAGGCUGCAAAGACCUUCACCGGAUCACCUCUCCUAACCAAGAAGACAGUCAUGGCGGGUGGAGCAAAGGUCCCAGCGGGUACUUCUGUACCAAUCACGCUACUGGUCACCGUGGCCGCCUGCUUGCUGAUGGUGGCAGUGACGAACGUCACCGGGACAAUUGUUCACGGGGAAAAUAAAUGUGAAGAUGAGAACAGCGGUGAAGAGCAUGGGUAUGCGGAAUUCACCAACCAAUUGGUUUCGUUCUUCAAAUUCGCCAAUGACGCAAAUGGCUACUAUAACAACAUGAAGUGCGAGCUGGAAUUCAGAGCUGCAUCAGGGUGCAAGGCAGCAGUGGAGCUGAUGCAAUGCCCUUUGGCAACUGGAGGCAACAGUUGCGAUGAUGAGAUUACUAUAUAUGAUGCUGAAUACCCCUUUCCCAUAAGCAACAAGCAACUGUGCAGCGGUUUAGGAGAUAGCACUCCGGACCGCUUCUACACGUAUACCCAAGGCACAGUGUUGAAAAUGACCUUUACUACGGAUGGCAACAAUCGUGGUGCUGGCUGCUCGGGCGUAAUUGUGCAGGAUUUUUGCACAACAAGAAAGCGACGUGAUGCGGGUGUACCUGACAGCACGGAGAAGUUUCUACUAACGAUGCUGAAGAAGUUUCCACUCAGUAAAGCAAAGACAUACAAAGAGAGGAAGAAUCUGCUGAAGAUUCGUUCCGGAUUGACAAAGAAGCUGGUACUGCUUCGCCAAGAACUGCAAGCGGAAAUGGACGCCGAAGAGCAUGACAUAGCGAAACGCCAAGCCGGCACGCCCAGUGGAGGAAGCAGCGAUCCCUGCAACUGUACGAGCACAGCCGCGUCGGAAUGCCGCGUGUUGAUGGACCGACUGGGGGUGAUGCUUCACGAUCCGGACUACAACCGGCAGAGCCGCACUGAAAAGAUGUGUGAACACCAUCAAAAUCACGAGUUCUGCUUCCAUCGCUAUAUGUCUCGCAGCCAACUCGGAUGCAACCUGUGCCCAAACAUAGAAGACCUCAUGGAAAUGCAUGCAGACGACCCCGUAGUUCUCAAGCAACUGAAGGACGACUACCGGCGAUUUUGUCAGGUGAUGUAUUAGACAGCACAGGAUCAAGAUCAACACAAACGUAGCCUCCAAGAUUGUGCACUGUGUGGAGAAACGGCAUGAUUCAAUCCAUCCUGAUCAUUGACUGCAUUGGCUCAAUAUGCCGGUAGACUGCAUUGUCCACACUUUCUGAUCCUAGUCUGUCCUCAUUGGAACAAGAAGUUGUCAGAGGCGAUGUUGCUCAGAUUUAUCAACUGUAUCAAACCACUCACUAAGAUCUAACUUCCUCUCUAGCUAUACUCACCCUCACCCUCUGUGCUCCGCUAUGCCUACUGGCAAGCUGACAAACAUCACUCAAUGAUGUGCGCGUAGAUAUCUGGCUGGUGGAGAAACCAGCUAAUGCUGCCAACAUAUGGAGAAACCAGCUAAUGCUGCCAACGUAUACAAUACGGACACACAAACGGUGGCCCUCAUGGCAGAAAGGAAGACUGCCGGGAAGAAUAACGGUUAUAUUAUAUUGGUUCUUUGGCAUGUUGACUUAGAGCAUAUGUAGAAAACAACUACAACAAUUUGCAGUGAGUAUGCAAAGAAUGAUUAGGUCAUCAUUUGUUUUAUGUACAUGACCGUGUAGACCUCGUAGCGUGCCACAGUUUUCCUGUGCAUUGCUAGGUGUGUGGCCAACAUUGAACAUUCACACCAGAUACUCUG